UUAAUGCACAAAAACCAUUCUUCUUAAUACUUCAAACAUGUCGAAACUACUCAUUUUAGCUGUAUUUUUGACUGUAGCCAAUUGUGCUUUAAAGCCAGAGGAAUACAGUCCGGCGUUAAAAGACAUCGCAGAUGAACUGCAUUUCCAAUGCCAGAUGCUAACGGGAGUAAAGGAAGACGAUAUAAACGAAAUUCGAGGGGGAAAACUUAAAGACAACAUCGAAAUAAAAAGAUUUUUCGCUUGUUUGUGGAUACAUUCCGGAGUAUUGAGCGUCGGCAAGCUCGAAAUCGAUGAAGCUCUCGCGAAAAAAAUGGAACCGCCAAACUCGAAUGGUAAAACUGUGCAAAUUUUUUCGAGUUGCGCCAAGAAAGGCAGGGAAUCCGGCGAGAAAGAUAUUCUGGAAAAAAUAUGGUCAAUUAACGUUUGUGUAUUCAAUACAGAUCCUGAGAACUUCAUUAUACCAUAAAUCAUAUAAAAGUGUAAUAAUAAUGAAACAUUAAAUAAUAAAA